AUGAAGGCGGCGCAGGAGCUCGAGGUGGCCGUGCCUGUCGGGCUUGUGGUCCUUUUGCUCGUGUUUGUCUGCGUGGCGCUCUUGUGUCACGGCGUGAACCCUCUCCGCGUGCUGCGGUCGUCUUUCAAAGUGCCUCGACGCGCACAUGGCACGCUCUCGGGCUCAGACGGAGAGCGCGAGGCGCUGCUCGCAGUGGACCGUAAAACCCGGGUCCGAUAUACCGGUAAAGUGCCGCUGUAUACCGACACGAUCGCAGAGCUGGCGAGGUGCGAGACCCCGCGCGAGAUCGAAGCGUUCAUUAAGGUGAUCAAUGUCCACCGGCUGCUGAACUCGAGCGUCAAAGCGCAGCACUUUGCGCAGUUUUGCAGCUCGCGCUUGGAGCUGUCGGCUCUGAGUGUGGCUACGCUCGCGACGAUCAUUUUGUCGCUGCAGAAGUUUGCAGCUGAGCCGAUCGUCGUCACGUGUGUCCGGGGCUGUUUCUGUGCCAAGCGAGACGUGGCGUGUUUGCAGCUCAAGGACGAGGUGGACGCCAAGUUUCCCAUGUUCGACUUGAUCUACCACCGCAUCCGGUCCGACGUGGACCGAGAAGCGAUUUUGACCCAUUUUGAGACGGAGGCGAUAGCACUGCGGACGUCUUCGACGUUUUUCGUUCCAAUGAAGCUGCUGUGCGAUAUCGACGAUACGAUGCUGGCUGCUCUCUUUGACACGCGGUAUCCAGAGCUGACAGUGUACCCAGGUGUCCACCAGUUCGCUCAGGAAUUGCUUCGGCGGUCAGCGUCGAACUCUACGAAUGGUGUUGACGACGACCACAGCGAUAGUUGCGAAGACCUCGAAAGCGGCAGGUCCAGGGAAUGCAAAACCGUGCAACGCGUGGCCUUCCUCACUGCCAGGCCUGAGUUUUUGCGCAAACGGUCAUUGCAAGAGCUCCGAGCAUGCGGCUUCCAGCACUUUACUCUCUUGAUGGGCCGUUUUACAAGCAUGUGGGGCUCGCAACGCAUUGCGUCAGGAAAGCUUCGGAACUUUGUGCGGUACAAGCGAGUCUUUGCCGAGCACCAGUUUGUCUUUGUCGGCGACAAUGGUCAGGGCGAUAUUGAUCUUGGCAAGGAGCUGCUAAGGAGUCCCCAUCUGUACGCUGUGUCCGCCGUGCUGAUUCACGACGUGAUUCGCAAUCAUGCCAUGAGCAAAGCGCUGAGCCAGCACUGCUAUCGAGGUAUCGAGUGCAAUCAGAGCGGCAUUCACUCCUUCCGCACGUACAUUGGUGCGAGUUUCCACCUUUAUGCGAUUGGCCUCCUACCGCUGGCCGCGGUCAUCCGCGUGGUGGAAAAAACGGCGCUGGCGUACGCGGCCAUCGUGUUCGACACGCGCGACCAGAAGCAGAACCUUGCGCAAGAGAUCCUGUUUGACGUGGCCGCUGUAGUGAACGAGCUGCCUGAUCAGCAGGCCAUGGCACUGGUGUCCUCGCUUCACGACGACAUUGUGGACAAGGGAGACGACAGCGAGCCAAACGGUAGUGUCGAGCGGAAGCAGUUCCGACUGACGCGGGAGGAGCAGCUUCAACAGCGACUAGAGGCCGUACGAAAAAGCGCUGCGCACCUCUCGCGGUCGCCGUCUCAUGGUUUGUAUAAAGCAGAAAGCUAA